CGCCGCCCGUGGAGCGCGUCCCCGCCGCCUUCGCCGCCCGCGGCCAUGAGCUCGCUCCGCCCGGGCCGAGCCCGCCGCCCUGUCGACUAGUGCCCGCCGCCCCGGACCCGCCUGCGCCAUGGAGCCGCCCGCCUCGAGCCAGCCCGCCGGCCUGCCCUCGGCCAAAGGAAAAUCCAAGAGGAAGAGGGAUUUACGGAUAACCUGCGUGUCCAAGCCUCCUGUGCCCAACCCCACACCGCCCCGGAACCUGGACUCCCGGACCUUCAUCACCAUUGGAGACAGGAACUUUGAGGUGGAGGCUGAUGACCUGGUGACCAUCUCGGAGCUGGGCCGAGGGGCCUAUGGGGUGGUGGAGAAGGUGCGACAUGCCCAGAGUGGCACCAUCAUGGCUGUGAAGCGGAUCCGGGACACCGUGAACUCGCAGGAGCAGAAGCGUCUGCUCAUGGACUUGGAUGUCAAUAUGCGCACGGUCGACUGCUUCUACACCGUCACCUUCUAUGGGGCCCUUUUCAGAGAGGGAGAUGUGUGGAUCUGCAUGGAGCUCAUGGACACGUCCCUGGACAAGUUCUACCGGAAGGUGCUCGAAAAGAACAUGACGAUUCCAGAGGACAUUCUGGGGGAGAUCGCCGUGUCUAUCGUGAGGGCGCUGGAGCACCUGCACAGCAAGCUGUCCGUGAUCCACAGAGACGUGAAGCCAUCCAACGUCCUCAUCAACAAGGAGGGCCACGUCAAGAUGUGUGACUUUGGGAUCAGUGGCUACUUGGUGGAUUCUGUGGCCAAGACAAUGGAUGCCGGCUGCAAGCCCUACAUGGCUCCCGAGAGAAUCAACCCGGAGCUAAACCAGAAGGGCUACAAUGUCAAGUCGGACGUCUGGAGCCUCGGCAUCACCAUGAUCGAGAUGGCCAUUCUACGUUUUCCUUAUGAGUCCUGGGGGACCCCCUUCCAGCAGCUGAAGCAGGUGGUGGAGGAGCCGUCCCCCCAGCUCCCAGCUGACCGUUUCUCCCCCGAGUUUGUGGACUUCACUGCACAGUGCCUGAGGAAGAACCCCGCAGAGCGCAUGAGCUACCUGGAGCUAAUGGAGCACCCUUUCUUCACCUUGCACAAAACCAAGAAGACGGACAUUGCUGCGUUUGUGAAGGAGAUCCUGGGGGAGGACUCGUAGGGCCGGCGCCUCUGGGGGAGCAGCGCUGGUCCGCACCCAUAAGCUGCUGCCGUCCUGGCCGGGGCGCUCCAGGGGGCACGGAGGGGCUGCUCCCACUGGGCUUGGCAACAGGCCAUUGGUCCCAAGUGCCAAAGAACGCGGCCACUGGGGUCCCCAGGUGGGCCCCACCAGUGCCUCUGCCUGUGCUGCUCCAAGGACCCCAAGUCUCCAGCCCCCAAGACCCUGGACUUGGAGGGGCCUGGAUGCCCCCCGCCAGAUGCUGCUGCCCCUCAGAGAGAAGGCAGCUGUGCCUGUGUGCAGGCCGCUGCCCCAGCCCAGGCCUGGAUGCCACCCAAGUUGUAUAUUUUUUUAUCUCUUGACUGAAUGGACUUUGCACACUCUGGCCCAGGGUGGCCACACCUCGGUCCCAGCAUCAGUGGGGGGGACGCACAGGUGGAUGAGCCACGUGAAUCCCUCUGAGCCCCCACAGGGAGAUGCCAGAGCCUCCUGAGGCCCCCCCCAGCACUGGCAGACGGGGCCCUAAGGCCACUUGGGUCGCCUCCCCGGGCCUGCCACCUCCAGGGUGUCGUUUCACUUUUUUUUAAUUUAUCCUCUUGAGUUUUUCUCCUGCUUUGUGGGUUUGACUUGUGUUCCUCGCAUGGUGUGGAGCCGAUCCCUGUUCUGCCACCCCCUGGGGACCAGCAGGCCGAGACCCGCCCUCUGCUCUGGCUGUGGUCUCGGGACGGGCCCAAGUCCCUGCUCAGAGAGGUGCUAGAGGAACCAUCCAGCUCAUUCUUGGGGACCGGCUCCACAGGGGCUGUGGAUUUGCUUUCGGUGUUGUUUAAAAAAAAAAAAAGAAAAUAUAUUUUUUUGAAGAAAGGUCUGCCCAUCCUGGGUCCUAUCCCUAAUGGCUUAGGGCAGUUAUCUGAUUGCUGUUUUAAUUAAAAACAAAACAAAACAAAGUGGCA